UCGGGGCUUCAAACGGACUGAGCUUAGAAUCAGCUGAACAUCAGCGCUCAGCGAGAAAGACAGAGGCAAAAAUGAAGAGAAAUCACGAUUUCAGUUCUUCAGACAGCGAGCUGGAUGAGAAUAUUGAAGUGGAGAAGGAAAGUGCUGACGAGAAUGUCUGUAUGAGCUCUCCGCUUGGAUCAGUGUCUCCAUCCACAACGUCUCAAGUUCAGGCGAGAAAACGGCGCCGCGGGAUAAUUGAGAAACGGCGCAGAGACCGGAUUAAUAACAGUCUGUCUGAGCUGAGGAGGCUGGUGCCCAGUGCUCUGGAGAAACAGGGCUCAGCUAAGUUGGAGAAAGCAGAAAUUUUGCAGAUGACGGUGGAUCAUUUGAAGAUGCUUCAUGCAGCUGGUGGCAAAGGUUACUUUGAUGCCCAUGCAUUGGCCAUGGACUACCGUGGUUUGGGUUUCCGCGAGUGCCUGGCAGAGACCGCGCGAUACCUCAGCAUCAUUGAGGGCCUGGACAACACUGACCCACUCCGCAUUCGCCUGGUGUCCCAUUUGAACAACUACGCCACUCAGAGAGAGGCUCACACCGGCCUGGGUCAUCUGGCUUGGGGCUCUGCAUUUGGCACCCCGCCAAGCCACCUGGCCCAUCACCUUCUCUUACCGCAGCACCAGCAAGGGGCACCACUCUCACGCAGCAGCAGCAGUCCCGCAUCCUCAUCUUCAUCAUCAUCCUCUUCCUCGUCAUCCUCUCCAUCUGCACCUUCCUCAGAGGCCCACAGCUCCAGCAGGCUAAGCGGCACGGUAAUCGCCGAAGCCGGUCAGGCCGGGCCCCUGAGGGUGACCCCUGGCACUCCCUUACCUCCAGGCCUGACGGCAGCAUCUGCAUCUAAGCUGUCCCCUCCUCUCCUCACGUCACUGUCCGGCCUGUCGGCUUUUCCUUUCCCUCUGAGCGCUUUCCCUCUGCUCUCGCCUGGCUCUCUGGGGCCAGCAACCCCCUCCAGCAGCCUGGGCAAACCCUACAGGCCCUGGAGCAUGGAGAUAGGCGCCUUUUGAACUUUUAAACCAUUUUUACGGCGCUGAAGUGGAUUUCAGUGGACAGAGGGUCAGACCAGAAAUGACUCUGAAUCUGAAUCAUUGUGAGAAGAUGGAGCUCUUCCAGGCAGGACUCAAACAAAGUGGAAAAGAAGCAACAGAGAGCUAAUGUACCAGACUGUUAGCUGUGUUGUCUUCUUGAAAACCUUACGUUUCCAUCACCCUUUGAGAGACGCUCUUCUUUCGAGCUAAUCAGGGAUAGUGCUGUGCUGAUGGUCAGGCAUUUGCCCAUUAACUUCUUAGUCAAACUGUUUCUUUUGUCUUUAAGUAGAACAGGGUGCUAUGCUGGUACAAUGCCCUGCUUUGCUACUGAGUGAAACAGAGAGAGAGAUGGAGAGACGGGUAUUUUGGGACUGAGGUACUGAUACAUUUCAAAUGGUGGUCAGAGCAUUUGACCAGAAUGAAAAAUAAUAGUGAUUUAUGGUUAUAUAAAAAAAAAAAUCCUUUCCUCCUCAAGUCCCUUUAUUUUAAUUUACAUCCUUAAGCCUAAUGUCUCCAGGUUGAAAUAUAAGGCAGUUAUUGUACUCCCUCUCAGAUCUUGGCAAGAUGUUGUAUUUUGUUUGUAUUGAACAUCUUCAUGAAGGUGGGUAGCUAUGCAAUCAGUGGUGUUACAUGUUUUACAUGGUAUAUGAUGUUGGCUGUAUGGUUUGAGCAUUUUUAUGUAAAUAUACAGUAAAACCUAUGCAAAAACUUUAUCUCAGCUGAAUUAUUUGGAUUUUUUCAACUUCUUUUUUUUCACUGCACCUAUUUAUAUGAAACAUCUCAAACUGUAGUAGCCAGUUGUCAGUGUCAAACCACUGCUAGACACCAUUUGGAAUUGUGACAGCCCUUAACACCGUUUCAGAAGCGACAAUCUCUGAAAAAUGGCACUAAAUGAACCAUGUAAAAUAGCACUCCGCCACUCCUGUGUGUCAGUCACGCACAGGAGUCCUCACAUCCUCACCCCAACUCCACUCUCUCUCAGUGGUGGAAGUGUCACAGAUAGCACAGCUACAUCAAAAGUUAGUUGUUCAGAAAAGUGUAGUGUAAUAUACAGAGGUGUUUGUAUAUUUUAUGUUUCCUAAAAAAACAAAGUGCACCGACAGUUCUGAUGUGUCACCUCUGUUCAGCAGAUGUGAUGGACAGCGUUGAGGCCUGUAUCUCAUUCAUCUGUUGGCCUUUUCUCUGCAAUAAAGCAUAUUCGUACAACUUG